GUGGGUCUGUCUUGUAAUAAAAACCUUGAAAAUAACUAAACAAGUACUAGCAGUUAAAAUAUUUGACUUUCCGCGUUCUCUCCAUCACUCACACAGAGAUUACCUGGGGGGAAUGGAGGAGUCACGAGAAUCGCCGCCGGCGGAACACGGCUUCUACAUGCCGGCGGAGUGGGAGCCUCAUGCUCAAACUUGGAUCGGUUGGCCUGUUUUUGGUCGCAAACGCUGAAUUUUUCGGUGAUCAAAAUUUUUAAUCGCGGGUCGCUAGCGUCUGGUCGCUGCGAUCAGUCGCUGACUCCGCGACCGGUAAACGAACAACGUUUAGUCGCUGAAAUUGGUCGCUGACGCUAGCGACCUCCAAACGAACAGGGCCUAUAUAUAUAACCAUGAGAUUAUGUUAGACUUGUGUUGACCUCUGAUUGCAUGAAUCAAACAGUGAACGGCAAGAUAACUGGAGGCACAACGCUCUACCUGCACAGCGAGUGUUUGUAGAUGUUGCAAAGGCUAUCUCAAUGUUCGAACCUGUUACAGUCUGUGCAAGCCCCGCUCAGUGGGAAAAUGCAAGGAAGCAGCUUCCAGAGGAUAUCAGAGUUGUUGAGAUGAGCAUGAAUGAUUCUUGGUUCCGUGACUCUGGACCAACUUUUGUUGUAAGGAAAAAACCAUUAAAGCUCACUUCUCUUAAACGAAACAUCGCUGGAAUUGACUGGAACUUCAAUGCUUGGGGAGGAGCUGAGGAUGGAUGUUACAAUGAUUGGACUCAUGACCUUCUUGUUUCCAAAAAGAUUCUCGCUGUUGAGCGCAUUCCAAGGUUUCAACACUCAAUGAUUCUCGAAGGAGGCAGCAUCCAUGUCGACGGGGAAGGAACUUGCCUUGCCACGGAAGAGUGUCUCUUGAACAAAAACAGGAACCCUCACAUGAGUAAAGAGCAAAUAGAGGAAGAACUCAAGUGUUAUCUCGGAGUACAAACAUUUAUCUGGCUUCCUCGUGGUCUUUACGGUGAUGAUGACACAAACGGCCACAUUGAUAACAUGUGCUGCUUUGCUAAACCGGGAGUCGUGUUACUCUCUUGGACAGACGAUGAAACCGAUCCUCAGUACGAAAGAUCAGUAGAAGCUCUUUCGGUUUUCUCAAGCACAGUUGAUGCUCGUGGCAGGAAGAUUCAAGUCGUUAAGCUCCACGUCCCUGGACCGCUUUAUAUGACCGAAGAAGAAGCUUUUGGGAUCGUUCAGGAAGGUGGUGAAGCUAAACCGAGGAUCGCAGGGACGAGACUCGCAGCUUCCUAUGUGAACUUCUACAUCGCUAACGGAGGCAUAAUCGUGCCGCGGUUCGGUGACGCAAAACGCGAUGAAGACGCGAUUCGCGUCCUCUCGGAGACGUAUCCUCAUCACUCGGUUGUGGGGAUCGAGAACGCGAGAGAGAUUGUUCUAGCUGGAGGAAACAUACAUUGCAUUACGCAGCAGCAGCCGGCCGAGCCUAGUUCCGUCGCCGACAACGGCCACUGAUGGUGUUGUUCUUCACGCGCCGCUGAUACUGUCGUGCCAGGGUUUAAUGAAUCCUGGCCGUUAGUUUAUUGUUGUUAAAGAUUUGAUUCAAACCGUACGAUCGUUACAUUUGUAGCUCGUUGAGUAAUGAAAUUAAUGUUUAUUGGUUCUAAAUUCUGA